AUGGGCACCAGGAUGAGGUCUGGCUGGAUCAAAGGAUUACUUCUUGCCCUUUCUGUGGCUGCAGCUGUUUUAUACCUCAGCUCCAUUAAGCGUGAGGUCCAUACCCAUUCAGAGAGACUCCAGCUUGCCCACCAUAAUGACUCCAUCAGAGGCCAGGGAAUGCUCACGAGGAUGGAAAAGAUGGAAGCAGACAUCAACAGGCUACUAAAUCUGAUGAAUAAACUUGAAAAGAGGGAACCGAUAGCACAGAAGAAUGUAGAGGUGAAGAAGGAGAGCAAGGUGGUGAGGAAACUGUACCCCAACUCAGCACUGUUCAGGAAAUGGGGCAAUGAGCUGUCAGAGGAGGAGCAGAAGGAGGCCCAGAACGUAUAUGAGAAAUACGGCUACAAUGCCUUCCUCAGUGACAGACUCCCCCUCAACAGAGAGAUCCCUGACACCAGACCUACAAGGUGUGCUGAGAGAAAGUACCCAAAGGAUCUGCCUACCAUCUCCGUUGUGUUAAUCUACCUCAAUGAGGCUCUUUCCAUCAUCAAAAGAGCCAUCCGAAGCAUCAUCGACAAGACACCAGCUCAUCUGCUGAAAGAAAUCAUACUGGUGGAUGAUAGCAGCAGCAACGAGGAUUUAAUGGAGAAACUGGAUGAAUACAUCAACUCAAUCCACGAGGAGCGUCCGGGCCUAGUGAAAAAAGUCCGGCACUCCAAGCAACUCGGCCUAACUCAGGCCAGACUGUCAGGUUGGAGGACUGCUGUUGGUGAUGUGAUAGCCAUCCUGGAUGCUCACAUUGAAGUCCAUUUGCAAUGGGCAGAGCCGUUGUUAGCUCGCAUCAAAGAGGACCGGACUGUGAUAUUGACACCAGUGUUCGACAGAGUCAACUUUGAUGACUUGGUGGUCACUCCCUAUAUACCUGCAGCUGAUGCCUUUGACUGGGCUCUGUGGUGCAUGUACGAGUCCUUCAGACCUGAGUGGUAUGCUCUAAAGGAUGAUUCACAGCCUGGCAAGAGCCCCUCCAUCAUGGGGAUACUUGUAGCUGAUCGUAAGUUCUUUGGAGAGAUCGGAAGCCUUGACGGUGGAAUGAAAAUAUAUGGUGGUGAAAAUGUGGAACUUGGCAUCCGGGUAUGGCUAUGUGGAGGAAGCAUAGAAGUUAUACCUUGCUCUAAAAUUGCUCACAUUGAACGAGACAGGAAGCCUUACCUGCCUGACCUGAGUGAAAUGAUGAGGCGCAAUGCACUGAGGGUGGCAGAAGUGUGGCUGGAUGAAUACAAAUACAACGUCAACAUUGCCUGGAACAUUCCACUAGAGAAUCAUGGUAUAGACAUUGGGGAUGUGUCAGAGAGAAAGAAGAUAAGAGAGAAGCUGAAUUGCAAGCCCUUCAAGUGGUAUCUGGAUAACGUGUACCCCAUGCUGGACCCUCUGGUUGACCUGCUUGGUUAUGGAGUACUGAUAAAUGAUCUGAAAAAAGAUCUCUGUAUUGACCAAGGCCCGAUGCCCGGGAACACACCCAUUUUAUACGGAUGCCACUACUACUCACCCCAGAACUGUUAUUAUCGCACCAAUGGACAAAUCUACAUCGGUGGAAUCAAAUCUCACAAGUACAACAGCAACCGAUGUCUGGUGGACCUUGGCACAGGACUCGUCCCGGGCCUAUACGAUUGCAAAGUAGCCGAGCAGAAGAAGUUCCACAUGCUGUGGGAUUUUAGACAGGGCACAUCUAUCCAGAACAGAGAAACAAAGAGAUGUCUGGAAAUUGUGCUUGGCAGUGAGGGCUAUUACCAACUUGUUGUCCGGGACUGCAGUGGUCAGAGCUGGAAGAUACAACAUCUUAUCAAAGGACACAGUGAAGUGGACAAGAUCCAGGAGAAAAAAAUAUAA